AUGGUUACAACAAUCAUUCUGGAUUCUGCAUCUCAUCACCCGCUUCCCUCGAUACCACUCUACAACACGCACUGGUUGCUUCGAUCUCCCCUGCUCAAGCGUCACUUUCUCAUCUCAUCUGGCUCGAGAGCCAGAGUCGACGACAAAUCAAAACCAGACGAGGGAGAGGUCGAGGAACUAUCACAGCUACCGGCCGUCAUCCUCGCCGGUCAUUCUCGGCCACAACGGGUUCUGAACUCUUCUGUCUCCCAUGACCACUGUCAAGGAGCACUGUCAGAGUACUGCCCAACCGUCACCUGGAGGAUACUUGCAUGAUGCACUUACUGCAUGCCCAUUUACCGCCCCCAAACGCGGUGGCGUUGCGCUUUCUCGUCUCUUUCGGCGCCUAGUAUUGCCUCUGCGAUUUGCUGCUUGGCCACGCCGCGGAUAUCGCCUGCAUACGGAUAUUUAAUCUUCCUUUGACCAAGCCGCGUGUCGGUCAACCGAGGGAACGUAGGAUAGAUGUGCCGCAUUCGUCUGGCCGCCUCCCACACCACCAUUCUCGCACAGCCGCUGGCCUCACGUGGUCCGCCUCUUCCACAACGCUCACCCCUCUCCUUCCUGGAGUGUCUUCGGAUGUCCUGCCUGGUAGGGCUGGAGCGAUGCAGCACCGGCACACUGGGUACGGAUUACACGUGCCAUGCCAUCCCGACUGACGAGGCACAGUGCAUACGGCUCCCGCCCCUUGCCGCCGUUUCCGCCAGUAAUGCUGGAUAACUGCUCCGCAAAGGCCCUGGAACCUUUUCUUUAUAGCAGCUUUAGAUCGACGAUCCCUCCAUGAAGCUGAUCUAAGUGGAUGACAUGGAUGGUUUGAGUCUCACAUGCUUCAUGUAGCAUCUGCUUC